CGCGCUCCGCUCCAGCCGCCACAACGCCAAGUCUCCAGCUCAGGACCCGAGCGCCGCCGCCGCCGGGAGCGGGUGGGGACAGACUCGCCGCGCACCGCGAACCCAGAGGGGAGUGGGAGCUGGAGGGCUGCACGGAGGGCGCAGAGGACUCCUGCACCUCUUGCCGCCGCAUCAGCCGAGAAGCGCCCCGGAGCUCCCUGCAGCAGGGGUCCGAGCCGAGUGGGCGGCACGGAACCGCGAGUUGGUGGCGACCAAGAACCCGGGGAAGCCCGAGGGGCGCGGGCGCGGCGCCGUCCAGCCCCCGAAGGCACCGACGCGACAUGGAGGCCGAGUGAGGGGUGCGGGCAUGUACGGCGACGUGUUCAACGCCACGGGCGGCCCCGGGGCGGCGGCGGGCGGCGCGCUGGCCCUGGCGGCCACGGUCAAGGCGGAGGGCGCGCUGCCACUGGAACUGGCCACUGCGCGCGGGGUGCGGGACGGCGCGGCGACCAAGCCCGACCUGCCCACCUACCUGCUGCUCUUCUUCCUGCUGCUGCUCUCCGUGGCGCUCGUCGUGCUCUUCAUCGGCUGCCAGCUGCGCCACUCGGCCUUCGCCGCGCUGCCACACGACCGCUCUCUGCGCGACGCCCGCGCGCCCUGGAAGAUGCGGCCGGUGUAGCGGGGCCUGGGCGGAGGGUGGGGGUUGGGGGGGGGUGCCCAGCCUCGAGCGGCCGCCGGGGCUCCCCGGACUCUGCCCCGCUGGGGACCCUCCUAGUCGCGUUGGCCCUGGACAGCGGGUCCCGCCUGGCGCCGCAGAACCCCCGCCUGCGGAAGAGUCCGGCGGGGAAGGCGCACCUGCCCGGCCAGUCCCCGCGCCUGCGCCCCGACUCGGACACCCCGCGCCCCGGGCGGAGAGCCCAGACCCCGCAGCGAUGGCCCCCAGCGGAGGUUCCGUAGGUCCCGGCCCAGGGCGCAUGGGGAGAGGAAGCCGGUCUGGAGGAUCGGGACCUGGGGUCGGGGCUCUGUGCCCAGGAACCACGUUUCCACAAUAAAACAGCCCAGUUAGACCCGG